AUGAACACGCGCUGGCUUCCCGACGGGGUGAACAUCUCCAAGGAGGCCCGCAGCGCGAUAUCCCGGGCAGCCAGUGUCUUUGUGCUUUAUGCGACCUCCUGUGCAAAUAACUUUGCCAUGAAGGGGAAGAGGAAAACCCUGAAUGCUGGUGACGUCCUCUCUGCCAUGGAGGAAAUGGAGUUCCAGAGAUUCGUAGCCCCUCUGAAGGAAUCCCUGGAAGGUACCAUCCUGGGUGCAAAUAACUUUGCCAUGAAGGGGAAGAGGAAAACCCUGAAUGCUGGUGACGUCCUCUCUGCCAUGGAGGAAAUGGAGUUCCAGAGAUUCGUAGCCCCUCUGAAGGAAUCCCUGGAAGUUUACAGGCGUGAACAGAAAGGGAAGAAAGAAGCAAGGAAAGACAAAGACAAGAAGGCAGACUCAGAGGAGCAGGAUAAGAGCCGGGAGGAAGAGAAUGAUGACGAUGAUGAAAGGAUGGAGGAAGAAGAGCAAAAUGAUGAGGAGGAGGUGGACAACUGA